UUUCAUUUCUAGAACAACACUUUCGCCAUGCCUCUCUCCAAGCUCCAGGGCGCGAAGCUCCCCGCGUCGGCCGACUUCCAUGUACACCUUCGCGAUGGUGACAUGAUGGACCUGGUUACGCCUACAAUCAGACAAGGUGGUGUGAACACCGUUUUCGUCAUGCCCAACCUGGUGCCGCCAGUGACAACCGUCGACCGCGCGCUCGACUACAAGAAGCGCCUGCAAGCCAUUGAACCCAAUGUGAACUUCCUCAUGUCGCUGUACCUCCACGAGUCCGUGACCCCGGAAACCAUCAUCGACGCCAAGAAGCGCGGUAUCACCGGUGUCAAGAGCUAUCCAGCAGGCGUUACCACCAACUCGUCCUCUGGUGUGGUGGAUUAUACCCAAUUUUACCCAGUCUUUGCAGAGAUGGAGCGUCAGGACAUGAUUCUGAAUCUUCAUGGAGAAGUCCCUUCCACUGGCGAUGUGACCGUUCUGUCGGCGGAGGAGCGCUUCCUCCCCACUUUGUUGCAAUUGCACGAGCGUUUCCCUAAGCUCCGCAUUAUUCUGGAGCACUGCACUACAGCAGCUGCUGUAGAGGCCGUGAAGAAGUGCGGCCCUACCGUGGCAGCAACCAUUACCGCCCAUCAUCUUUCCAUCAUCAUCGACAACUGGGCUGGCGACCCGUUCUGUUUCUGCAAGCCUGUCGCUAAAACACCUGCGGAUCGUGACGCUCUCCUGCGCACAGCAGCAUCUGGCAACCCCAAAUUCUUCUUCGGCUCCGAUAGUGCCCCUCACCCGGCAGCCUCCAAGAGGGGUGGAGACAAAAUCGCGGCGGGCGUCUUUACCCAGCCAUACACAACCCAGGUCGUGUUGGACUCCUUCGAGCAGGCAUGUGAAAAGGGCAUCCUCAAGGAGGAAGACAUCACCCCUGAGGUGGUUGAAGGCUUCAUGAGCAAAUUCGGCCGCCAAUUCUAUGGCAUUGGUGAGGAACAGAAGGAGUUCAUUACCCUCGAGAAGAAAGACGAAAAGAUCGUAAACCUUUUGCAGUCGGACAAAGUGGACGUGGUCCCAUUCAGACGGGACCAGCAGACAUGGAGCGUGUCCUGGUCUUCCUAAGCCCAUAUUGACCUUAUGCCAGAAAUAGAUUGCUAUCACGAUAGCCAAUGGCGCAUGACUAUGCCAUCCCUUUCCAUCCAUCGUCCUUCUUAUUCUGACAUUUUGUCACCUUGCGUAAGCAUUCCUGUGACCGCCUCGAGCGCCUGCGCUUCGGAAAUAUCGAUCUUUCGUCCGGCGACAACAGGAUUGCCGUCACUGCCCACCCCAAGCUGGCCAGUUCGUUCGAGAUGCAGGCGGAUUCUGCUCUCGAUGUAUUCCCUUCUCUCGUCGCGUUUAGAAUUUGCUUCAGUGGUGUCCGCCGAUUUAGGCAGAGUAGCU